AUGAAACAGGAAAUUAUAACCAGAACAGAGUAUUUAGAACAACUCUUAAAAAUUACUCGAAUCAAAAACUCAAUCGAAGAAAAAAAAUACAGAGAAUAUGAACACUUAAACGAUUUUUUACUUCAUAACCCAAGUUUUUUAGAGGGUUUCAUUUCUCUUAAUCCAACUUUAUUCCAGCUACAUGGAAUUGACCAAAAUUUUAAAAAUAGUGGUAGUUCAAGUAAAGAAUCAAUGACAACAGCAACAUCUAAAACAAUCAACUCUGCAAUUGCAACCAAUGAUUCACCCUCUUCGGUAUCACCAUCACCUUCAUCACCAUCUCCGUCUCGAUCAUCACCAUCAAUAUCUCGAACGUCAUCAUCAUCUUCAUCAUCAUUAUUAUCAUCACUACCAACAUCUAUACCAUCCACUACACCUAUUUCCAAAUCAUCAGCACUCAACUUAAAAAUAUUUAGUUCAAGUAAAUUUGACGAGUUUCUUUCAAAUGUUCCAACCAUUUCAAAUGAUAAAGAAAAUUCAUUUUCAGAUUAUUUUUUAAAUUUAUUGGAUACAAAUGGUAUACCUAUAGAGGAGAAAUAUAAAAUGCUAAUUGAUUUUUUAUCACCAGAGAAUCUAGUUAACUUUUCACCAGCAAACUUAAAGAAACUACUAUUGAAAGUUUUCGAUUUACGCCAAAAGAGUGGUUAUUUUAAUCCAGAUUGCUUAAGAGUAAUGUUGAUCGUUGUAGAACAGUUUCAACUAAAAAUGCAAAAUCACAAAAAGAAAUUAAUGAAGAUUGUAUCAUUAAAAGACAAAUAUGGUUUAGAUAUACCCGAUUCAGAGUUGGUUAAAAAAUUUAAAAAAUAUGGUUUUCAAAAUUCAGAUAUCAUUAAUUCAGAUCCGAUUACAAGACUAAUAUACGGAAUCUCUAGAAUCCAUGAAAAAUUCAACUCUUCAAACGUGAUUGAUGAUGAAUUCGAAAGUUAUUUUCAAGAAGUUGAUCAAAGAGAAACCGAAAAUAAUGUUGUCGAGCAAUUGCAAAAGGAACAAAAAGAAAAAGUUUUAUUAGAAAUCAAAAAUUUAAACCAACAACAAGUAAAUAAUCAAUAUAUAGAUCCUCAGACAUCAAAAUUAUCAAAAAAUGGUUCGAAAAUACAAUCUUUAUCAAAGAGUUGGGAAAAUAAAGAUCCAAGAGAAAUUUUUAAUUUAGUUGAGGUACCAAUUUUAGAGGAAGAAGAUGAUCAAAAAGUUAUAAGAGAUAAUUGGGAUGAUUCAGAUAUAGAAGAGGAUGAAUUUAAUAGGUUAAAUAAAAAAAGAGACGACGAAGAAGAAGAAAAUAAAAAUGAAUUUAUAAAUAGAAAUAGUAGUAGUAAUGGUAAUGAUAAUGGUAAUGGUAAUGGUAAUAAUAAUGGGAAUAAUAAUAAUAAUAAUAAUAAUAAUAAUAAUAAUAAUAAUAAUAAUAAUAAUAAUAAUUAUAGUGGUAAUUUAAUAGAUACAAGUGGUUUUUAUUUUAGUAAUUUUGGAGCAUUUGGAGCAUUUGGAAAGUUUAAUAGUUUUUUAAAAUUUAGUUCAAAUCAAAAUUUUAACCCAUUUAGUAAUCAAGUAAUUCAAAAUUUAAAUGAUAGUACAAAUAUAACACUAAUGGACCACCCAAUUGAAUCAGUCGAUAGCAUAGCAACCAAAAAUGAUAUAUUAGAUAAACUUGGGACCUUUGUUUCUCCAGCAUUUUUUUAUGUAGAUGUUCCAUGCCCAAAUAAUUUAACAGCAUAUCAAAAGUUUUUAUAUUAUCAAACAAAGAUGACCCUAUCAAACAAUGUAAAUGUAGAAUAUGAUGCCGAUCUGCAACAAUAUCAAAAAGAAAUAAAUCAAUUAAACCAAAUAAAAUAUUUAGAUACAUUUGAUAAUGGUGUGUUUGAUUACAACUAUUCAAAAAAUUCAAGAAUACUUACAAAUUCAAUUACCUUCCUGGGUUUGGGUGAUUCAUAUUAUUACUAUAUAUUUCCUUUACUUUUACCGGAUAAUUUGGUAAAUUAA